CCGGGCGCGGUCCCGGUGUCUGGGGGUGGCGGGGCUGGAGCGGAGGGACCGAGCAUGGCCGGGGCCACCACUAUCGAGGCGGUGAAGCGCAAGAUCCAGGUGCUGCAGCAGCAGGCGGACGAUGCGGAGGAGCGGGCGGAGCGGCUGCAGCGGGAGGUGGAAGCCGAGCGCCGCAACCGCGAGCAGGCUGAGGCAGAAGUGGCAUCUUUGAAUCGCCGUAUCCAGCUGGUAGAGGAGGAGUUGGACCGAGCUCAGGAGCGCCUUGCCACAGCUCUGCAAAAGCUGGAAGAGGCAGAGAAGGCAGCAGAUGAGAGUGAAAGAGGCAUGAAAGUCAUUGAAAACAGAGCUCUGAAGGAUGAGGAGAAGAUGGAACUGCAGGAGAUCCAGCUCAAGGAAGCCAAGCACAUUGCAGAGGAGGCAGACAGGAAGUAUGAGGAGGUUGCUCGGAAACUGGUGAUCAUUGAAGGAGAUCUGGAGCGUACUGAAGAGAGAGCUGAGCUUGCAGAGUCUCAUUGCCGGGAGCUGCAGGAGCAGAUCAGAGUGAUGGACCAGAACUUGAAGUGUCUGUCUGUUGCUGAAGAAAAGUACUCUCAAAAAGAGGAUAAAUAUGAAGAAGAGAUCAAGAUUCUGACUGAUAAACUCAAAGAGGCAGAGACCCGUGCUGAAUUUGCUGAACGUUCUGUAGCCAAGCUGGAGAAGACCAUUGAUGAUCUGGAAGAUAAGUCUUGUGAUUCCAAACUCCGCUUUGGAUUUGUCUCUCUGCUUGGUGGCUUGUUCUGCAUCUGCACCCAGCAUUCACGCUCUCUUCGUCUCACUCUGAAUUCCAGUACCUUUUUCCAGUUACUGUGCACAGGGCAUCCUUGGGAAUGGGUGCUGUAAAGAUAUGGAAGCAGCAGCAGCCCCCCAGUUCUGCUUCACUUGCUCCCAAACAAAGCUCCCUGUGUGUGACCUGAUGUGCCAGAUACAGCCUGCUCUGAGGGGCUGCCCUUUCCAUGUUGGGGGAGCUGGGAGGAUGUUGUUCUCAUCUGCAUAUCUUGCGUGGAGCCAUAAAGCUCUUUUUGCAUUUCUCUUGCCUCUUGCUCGAGCAUGAUGUCACCUUUUUUAAGGAAAAUUGUUCUUGUAUAAAUGGCUGUUGCUUUUGAGAAAUGGAUUUUUAGUGACCACUUGCUGCUUUAGAGUAACUGUUUCAGCAUUACCUUCAAACCUGUGUCACCCUUGGUGGAGCACAGAGCACAGACCUCACCAGCAUGCUAGAUUUUUCUUUGAGGUGUGUUACUGGCUCCAAGAUGUGAUAGCAGCUCUGCAGACAGGGCCUGUGGGGUCAAAUGGGAGGUUCGGGUUGCAGCAGGAGGCCCUGGAGCUUUGCCUGACUGAAGACACUCAUUCCUGCCUGCUUUGGCCUGUUCGCCGGCACCAGUUGCUAAAUGCUGGCUUGCAGUGGGAGGUCACACACCUGAUAGUCAUUAGCCAGGGUAUGGAAGCCAAUAAAUACUGUGUGAGCUCUGGCUGGUCUCCACUGGGACAGAACUGGUUCAGUGUGCGGUGCUGCCUGUGCCAGGGGGUGGGUUGUGUGGCCUCUUGCUUCAGGAAUGAGAAGGCACUGCAGCAGGGCUGCGAGCAUCUGAUCCAGGGAAUCUUUUGCAAAGCUCUCCCCUCCUCAUGCAGGGGCUGAGGGCUGCAGGAUCCUUCUAGGAGUGUGGCAUGGAGCUUCCCACUGAGCACUGCCACUGGCAGUGGGCUGUGAAUGCCUGGCGUGUGUCACUAGUGCCACUGUUGCUAGCUGAUCUGGUAUGAUAAACACUGGUCAGCCUCUCAAAAUGGUAUGUGCUGCCUCAUGGUGGUUGGUCAAAUACUUUUUCCUUUCUGGAUCGGUUCAUCUGCCACAGUGCCCGAAGAGCCCUUCGUGAGCAGAGUUCUGAUGACAUGGGACACUUCCCGUGGCUUUCUCAGGUUUGUGCCCUUCUGGUCUCCACAUGACAGCACUGGCAGUCAGGAUAAUCUAGGCAUACUCACCUGUCCCAAUCUUUGGUGGCAGGUCUAGGUGGGGAAGGGAGGAAGCAUUCAAGGAAUUUCAGAGUGUGGUCUGACUGUCCUGGGAUGUGGGGCAGUAGCUGUGCCUUGUAAGCAGAAAACAAAAACACAGAACUCUUCAGUAACCCAAUAGCAGCUGGAGUUGAGGAUCUGGAUCCUGUGGGAGGGGCAGGGCUUUUGUAAAUGUGAAGACUUCCAGUCCAGUGUUCCAUUGUCAGCUCUUAAGACAUCAGGGAUGUCAUCAUUGUCUGUCAGUAUCUGAAGGGAGGGUGUCAGAGGAUGGACCAGGUUCUGCUCAGUGGUGCCCAGCAGUAGGACAGGCAACACAUAGAAACUGAUGCCCAGGAAGUUCCACCUGAACAUGAGGAAGAAUUUCUUUCCUAUGUUGGUAACUGAGCACUGAGCAGAUUGCCCAGAGAUGGUGUGAAGUCUCCCUCACUCGAGAUAUUCCGGAACGAUUGGGACACAAUCCUGUGCGAUGUGCUCUGGGAUAACUCUGCUUGAGCAGGGAGGUUUGACCAAAUAACCCACAGUCCCUUUCAAUCUCACCCCUCCUGUGAUUGUUAGGGCAGCCUGCCCUCUGAAAGUGCCUCUCUCCUCACAGGGAGGUAUAGUUGAAUCCUGACUCUUGCUUUGGGGAGCUGAUGGCUCUGCUCUACACAGUGGUGUUCCCAGGAAUGUUAUCUAAGGCUGGGAUGUGGCAGGCCCUUUCCCUACUCAUCUGGA